AGAAAGUAUGGGAGCAGAAUUGGACCAUAAAAACAGAUACCUUCAAAAGGUGUGUGAAAAGGAGAGGAAAAGCUAUGCAGCUGGCAAGACGCAGGAGAACAAGGAAAAUAGCAACGGAGGACAGAAGCAAGUGAAACUGCCUGCCAUCUUGACCACAAUGCACCUGACUAUAAACCUGCUCUGCCUGCUGGUCCUGACCUUUCACCCUGACCUGGCCAUGGGAGGAAGAUCCCAGCGCAAACAAAGGCAGGCUGAGGACAGUCUAAGACCAUACCUGGGAAGAGUGGACCCAGUCCAACUGUGUGAGCUGCUGAAGUGUCACAGUCCAAUGGGCUCCUGGUGCCAAGUGGUGCAGGACAACGAAGUCCUCGUCCCAAAGUGUGUGUGUCCGAAGACCUGCCCACGGCAGGGGGCACCAGUGUGCAGUGUUCUGGGAAAGACCUAUGGGAAUGAGUGUCUGCUGCAUAGAGAAGCCUGCCGCAAGAGACGUCGCAUUGGACUGGCUCAUAUAGGACCCUGUCUUGUUCCCAAGGCAAACUGCACAGAGGAGGAGUAUGGCCAAUUCCCAUACCGUCUAAUGGACUGGUUCCUCCUAUUAAGUCGUAUGGGAAAGUCUUAUGCCCCCUAUGCCCUGCCCCAGAGCUGCCUGAGCCAUACCCAGCGCACCCAACUAGCCCAGCAGCGGUUUGCCCUGCUGGACAAGAACAAGGACGGGAAGCUGAGCCAGAGGGACCUGAGAAAGUUGCGCUACAAGAGGAUGCCUCUCGAGCAAUGUGCUAACUUCUUCUUCCAGUCAUGUGACCAUAACAAGAACAGUAAGGUGACCCUGCAUGAAUGGAUCUCCUGUCUGGUGGAUCGCUCAGAGAGCUGGUUCCAAAACUUCAUGUCUAUGCAAAUGGGAUCCGGUAAGCUGUGUCCCAUGAAGACCGACAACCACCUUUGACCUGGACAUGAACACAUCUCCUCUCGCUUGUCUACAUGUGAAUCUGUUUAUCACUGCUAUCUACAAUAAUAAGCAUACAAAAUGAUCCACUUUUCUCCACUUCCAGCAUCAUACUCCCCUAACUGUCACACUCAGUACUGUGUUUGUUUUUGACUUAUGACAUCUGUUUUGUGACGGUCACUGUACAUUCAUCUGUGUGGAGAAAUGGCCUGUAAUAAAUGUCUGAGACAUG